GGAUGGCUCUGCGCUCUCUGUCGCUCCUGGUGUUGGUGGGGGUCGCCCUGCGGGAGAGCUGCCUCGGCGCCUCCUCACACUCCCUGAAGUAUUUCUACUCCUCCAUCUCAGAGCCCAGUCAGGGGCUGCCCCAUUUUGUCGCUAUGGGAUAUGUGGACGGUCAGGUCUUUGCUCACUACGACAGCAACAGCCGGAAGAUGCAGCCUCGAGUCUCCUGGAUCGGGAAGGUAGGGAUGGAGGACCCCCAAUACUGGGACAGAAACACCCAGAGAGAACGUAGCAAUGAGGAGACGUCCAGAGAAAACCUGGAGAUUGCGAGGACUCGCUACAAUCAGAGCGAAGGCGAGUGA